ACAGAAUUUGAAUUCACUCAAUUUAAUGCGAAUAUUUCCACUCGUUCCAAACUAAGAAUCUCGAAAUGGAGGUCGAUGAGUUGCUUGCCGAUUCGUUUAAUUAUUGUUCUGUGAACGAAAAAUUAACAGCUGCACUUCGAAGAAGAUGUGAAGAGGUUGCAAUUGUAGAUGAUAAAGAACUGCAUCGUGAGCCGAGGAAACUGGCCGAGAUAUUUCUCACCUUAAAGCGAAGAAGGAUCAUUAGUGCAACUAAUGUGGAUUUCCUAAAACAGGUUGCCGAAGCUGGAGAGGACUUCCAUCUGAAGGAAAGAAUUAAUCAAUUCGAAAAAGGAAAACCAUGGCUUCCCGACAGAGUUUUGACCGGGUCUAUGAGAUCAACAAAAUGGUUUAGCUGGCCAGUUGAUGUUCAUUAUGGAUCAAAUGCCCUUUGUCAAGUUUUGCUGUCUUUGAUGAGAGAAGGUGCAAACGUGAACGAAAGACACAAAGAAGCGCUGUACAUAUUUUGUGAUGGACAUUUCAAGCCGUCAAUCGAUUUUAGUCGCUAUGUGGAUAAUCCUUUCCAGCUAAUGGAAACACUCGUGAGAAAGGAAAAUAUAUCUCCAAGAAAUCUUUCGUUGUUGAAAGGAUUUUUCAGUUUAGAGACUGUGCGAAAUCCUGAAGCUGUAGCGAUUUUAGAGUGCUUUGAAGCCAUAUCCUCGAUCCAAGAGUUGUUGGCGAGACUCUGUGACCUUCAAUCCAAUUCUUUCGGCCGAAACUUUGGCUGUGAUGAGCUGUUUUGCCGUCGCUGGUUGAAGCUAUGCCGAUCAAUUCAACGACUCCUUCGCAUAAGCUUCAAAGGCACGAACAGAUUACAGCAUAUCAAGAGUUUCUUGCGAUAUUUUCAAGAAAUAGAACCAGGAGGUUCUCGACUCAACAAAUUACUAAACCAUCUCAUUGAAAAAUCAUGCAUGGCUGACAAGGAAAAGCAAUGGCAGCCCAUUCUGAAGCUACUGGUUGUUUCAACGGAGUCUUGUCGCUUGGCGAAAUCACCGCUCUUUGAAACAGCAGAUGAAUCGAAAUUAAUUGGUAGUAGCCCAGUGGGUCCAAAGAUACUUCGACAAAUGGAUGAAUUUUACACGUUUCUUCAAGAGAAGGAAGCCGCUAUCACAUCAGGUGCAUUCCACACAAGAACUGAAGAAACGCAAGAGAUGGAAACGGUUUUGCAGAAUUAUAUACAGGGUAAAGACCAAGAUGAAUAUGAUGACAUAGAAAUGCUGAACAUUUUCUUUAAGGGUAUCGUGCCUUUCCAUUAGAAACAGUUGAGUUCAUCGACGGCCUUUACGACUCGGAGACCUGUUGUUUGCUGGAGAACGAGUUUAAGGGACUGGAUCCGACAAAGCUGAGACAUUCCUAGAUCAUCAUGGUAGUUCCACACCUCUCAGAACAUUGCUACACCCAAGAGUUUUCACCCAUUUCAUGGUGGCUGAACAGGUGUCACGUGGUGUGACGCGAUCUCACCUCUUCACUGUUUGAACAUUCGUUACAUGGUAUGUUUGAAUUGACAAAACUUCUCCAUCAGGCGAUUUCAUUCAAGCGAUGACUCAGAACUGACUGCCGAGUUGAAUUCGUUUACUUUAGAAAUCAUGACGGAGAUUGAUACUAGUUCCAGAUUUUUUUCGACAAACGAACGCAACUCGGCGGGUUUACGAUCGAGUGUGACAACCAAAUAUCUCAACAAAUACACACACACACACACACACACACACACUAGCAUGCCCACACUCAAAAGCAGAAGAGGCUAUGUUCCCAGUUCAAUUUUCAUCGCAACAAUUAAUUCGCCUGAUGGAGAUUUUUGUUAAAACCAUGCACACCAUGACAUGAAUGUUCAAGCAAUGAAGAGGUGAGUUCGCCUUACACCACGUGAUACCUGCUCAGCCACCAUGAAGUUGGUGAAAUUUCUUGGGUGUGGCCAGGUCUCCGAGUCGUGAAGUUCGUCGAUGAAUCUCAAAGGUUUCCAAUGGGAUGGUUAUACUGUUUUAAGAAGAGUCUGAAUUAAUUUAUUUCACUGGUAAAAGAAUACAGGCUGACGAAACAAUGUUCAGAUUUUGCCUUAAAAGCCGGUUACGAUAGAAUGAAAACAAUUCUUUGUUUCUGACGCUUGAUGAUAACUGAUGUCAUUGUGUUCUAAAGAUAUUUAAGCUGUUAUUUAGAAAAUAGUCGUAGGAUAUUGUAAGUUUAUCUGGAAAACGUAUCAAUUCAGAAUCCAGAAUUUAAUGGUAUAAUAGUCAACAGCCGGGCAAAUGACUGAUUCGCGCUUACGAUGUGAAGCGUUACUAAACGUGAAGGUUAUUGAUGUACAGAAAGGCGAUUUAUUUUUGGACUUGUUGCUAACGGUAACUCCGGUCAAACUGUAAAGCAAAUUGAUUGAUUGUGUUCUAAAUAUGAAAUAACAUUUGAAGGGUUGAAAUCACAACGAAAUGUUACCAAUAAUUCUGUCCGGCAGUCCGUACAUGGGGCACUGGAUAACAAUAAAUUUUGCAGCAGACACUUGGAAUGCCUUACCCCUUUCCCUAAGAGAUGUGCCCACCUUCAGCCAAUUUAAGCGUGGUAUCAAGAAAGCACUAUUUUAAUUAGUUUCGUUUUUCGCAUGUUAAUUUUCAAAUUAAUGUAGUUUUAUCUUCAUAAUUUUCGAUAUGUAUUUUUUUAUUUUUAUUCUUAAGUAAUUAUAUUUUAUGUAGUUACCUUUAGAGGACCCCUCUGUAAACCACUUUUUUGUGAUGUUGGCAUCCUCAAUAAAGAUUAACUAUUAUUAUUAUGGUUACUAUUACAUCUCAACGCGUUCUUUUUGCAGAUGUCUUCUGUUGACUGUUAGAUCAAUAUUAAAUUUGUCUCGUCAAUCAUA